UUGUGAUUCAGGUAUAAUAAAAAAAUAUUUAAUUACAAAGUAUUUGAAUACUAAAAAGUAUUUACAAAAUCGAAUACCUACUGCCCAGCUCUGGUUGUAGUUUGGGAUUUGUCAUACGUAGUCGAGGUAGGUUAUGGAAAGUUGGAAACUACCAUCUUUUGUCUGAUAACAGUUAAUGUAAGAGUGGAACGUUUUGCUAUAAUUUUUAUUUCGGUUUUUAUUUUCUCAACCGAAUGCUUUUUGGGUCGCUGAACACGAAUUUGAAAUUUGCAGGCAAACAUUUGGUCCGGAACUUUGUUUUUUUGCACUUUUUAUCCAAAUUUUUGUGGUCUCAUAUUUAUGGUCCUUCGACUAACUUCCUCUCGGCCUCUGUGAUCGGUUAUGUCAUUUGGGUCAGUGUCCCUUUUUAGUAAGCGUCGUCUACCAGUUCUUUUAUUUGAAAUUUCACAGAGUCUAAUAGGAGAUAAGUAGAUUUAUUCUUUAAUUAACAUUUUCGAAAUGAACCCAUUGCAUUUACAAUCCUUACCGAAUUUAACAAUAAAUGCACCAUGAGAUUUUCUACCCCGGCGAUUAGAAAACGUUCAGAAUGGUCAAAUUUCGUGUUAGAAAAGUACCUCCAAAGAAGUACGUUUUGAAUAAAUUAAAUAAUUAAAAGCUUUUUUACAUUUAGAAAGCGUUAUACCUAUGUAGGUACUUACUCAAGGACUCAAGAUCAUGAUUCGGGGAAUGCGUUAGUAAGAACCAAUUUUUGGUAACUCAUAACAAAAAACAAGAAUUAGGUACCUAUCUAUACGAACUGUAGCCGAAUUGCUAGUAAGAGUCAAAAAGAGGUUGUACUACAAAUUCCAGAAGUUCCAUUUCUGUAGGUCCAGGUAAUUUCGCCUCCGGAAUUUUGGUUCCCGGGACAAAUUUGCCACUGCUAGAACACAUCGCUUAUUUGGAUCUGACUUUCUCGCAACAAAUUCACGUUGAGAGGUAGGUAUUCGAUCGAGAAACUUACACUUAAAAAACUUGUCGUUGGAACAACAGACAUAUAUGCCAGUAAUACCCAACAUCAGAUUCCUUCCCAUCCUUCUAAGGUAAAUUCGGCGCCGGAAUACUUCGCAACUACCAGAGAAUUGUUCUUAAAACAACUUUUUCUUGGAAUAACUGGUAAUAUCCUCCUAUCGGGAUCGAUGCCCAUGUGGCUAACAAGAAUGGAAACAACAAAAUGACAAGGAUGACACUCUUCACUCCAUUUGUGUUUCAUUAGGUACAAUCAGAGGUAAAAUAAAUCAAAAAUAUUGUACAAUAAAUAGACAGUUAGUCCCCGAAUGCCCAUUCCCAUAUUUCGCCUCGAUUAUUAAGGGAAGACCGAAAAACGAGCACCCUGUAUAUGUCAAACGAUGUACGUAUUAUGUAUUUCGCUUUUCAGAUUGCCUAAUAUAGCGACUAAAUGAUUAAUAUCACUAAUAUAGCAUCUUAUCAGAUAGUCAUAUAAAAUAGUAUCUCCUAUAUCAUAAUUAAACCCAGUAAUUUCAUUACUGGCCAUAAAUUUUAAAUAUACAGAAAGCGACAUUAUAUUCAACUUGCAAUCUCAAAAUGUUCGCUGAACGUAACAAACGUCUAGAUAUAUAUUCCUUGUAUAAACCAGCGUAUCUUUUAUCUAAGGUUUUAUUAUUGGCACCGUUUUCAUUACAUCGCUCCGAAUGUGAGUCAAAAAAGAAGUAUUGCCUUUUGCAGGUGUUGCUGAUCGGCUGUAUGACGUACAUUUGCUACCAAUCUUUGAACGAUGUAGUAUUCCAAAAAAAUUUUGGAAGUAGCACAAUCGUCAUGUACUUCAACAAGGUCCUUUCCGUACUGCAGAUGAUUGUAGUUAUUAUUAUUUUCGUAACGUCGCACUUGUACGCCCAGGAAGCGCCAGACAUAUUAGCAAUGGUAAACACUUUAGACAAUAUUGUAAACAAACACAAUAUGGCCGCGAGUACUGACUGCAAUACAUUCAAUACCAGAAUUGUAUUACUGUACGCCUGCAUGGCGAACCUUUUGAUCGGGAAAGUAUUGCUCGACAUGUACUUGGAUGGGAUAAUUUCUUUCGACAACAUUUUUAAGUUUGCCUCUAGAAUGCUAUCUGGAGCAAUCAUUGUCCAAUACGCGACCAUACUAAAUACGGUUUACUGGAAGAUGAAGAUAGUGAACGACUACAUCGAACAAUACAGUAUUAACAAGGUUCUGCUCGUCAAGCAAGAAUGCUUUUUUUUACUUCAGCAGAUCUACGAAAUUUGUCUAAAAGUCGAGAAAAUAUUUGGGCUAUCUUUGGCUAGCGUAUUUUUCGUAAUUUUCAUCGAGUAUUUGCAAAUGAUGUUUGCGUGGCUCGCGACUUAUUGGAUACGGGGCGUUAAAAUCACCGAGAUUCUAAAACUAUCUAAAUUCGCUUUAUGGACAACCAUUAUAAAUUCCUUUUGGACUACCUUCGUUCACUGUAACAUGCCCUUUUUCUUCGCCGAUCGCAUCCAUAAGGAAGCGAAUCGCAGUGGAGAAGUUACCGGAAAACUUUACCAUCAAGCUUUGGGAUCCCGGCCAUUGCGGAAAUUCGUUCAUCAACUUCAAUUUCAAAUUGCACAAAAUAAAAUCACUUUGACUGCGGCCAAGUUCAUCAAAUUGGGGUGGAACCAAACGUUUUUGAUGUAUGGUGGUGUUAUCUCCUAUUCAAUUGUUUCGUGUCAGUUAUACUUAAAUGUGAAACAAAUCGAGUUUGAUUCUGCACACAACGUUACCGUUACUCAACAAGUUAGCAAAUAAGAAAAUAUGGAUUGAUUAUAUUAAUCUAUUUUACUCGUAAUUAGACAGAACGAUUAACGGGCUGAAGCGGUUCAAUCAAAGGAUUGAUGCUGUGAGUAUAUGCACGAACUCCCCAACACCAACACUCAACCUUCUGCAGAGGUACCUCUAAAAAAAAGCAUUAUAUGCGGGUCACUCUGUAAUUGGACGCAAGCCUGUUGAGGGCCCAGAACAAGAGAGGGAUGAUGAAUAAAUAAAUAAAUAAAUAAGCACGAGCCGAAAAGCAAAAUACACCAAAUACCUAAUUUUCAAUUAUUUACACUUCGAUCCAGCUAUCCAUGAAAAUGAUAAAAAUACAUAAUAAGUAAUAUUUAAAGCUGUGAUGGAGUAAAAAAUGGGUUAAUUUAUUAUCCCUAAUUAGUGGGGACGAAUGAUGAAAUGACUGGAAGGCAGUGAGCAGUAUGAAUUAAGGAACGAGUGAGUAGAAACGUAGGAAUUAAAUGGGAAAUAAACUCCUAAAGUGGAUCUAAAAAAGUGGCUGAGUACCUCGGCACAUGGUAUACCUAUAGGUCUCAAAUUUGCAAAGUUUGACCCAAAUCGGCCCAAGCAUUUGGCAGUCCAUGGACAGACGGACACCAUCGACUCCCCUAUAAAGAUUGCAUCCCUUUGCUGUGCCGCCUAAUAAAGUUAAGUUAUUAAAUUUUGGUUACAUUAUUUCGAACAGGAGAUAUUACAAGACAAUAACUGGAAAUAGGACUUAUUAUAUAGAGUAGGUUUCUCGGGACCAAUAGAGCAUAUUUUUUCUUGCAGUAAUGCAAUUUUUGCCGUGGAAGAUGAAGAAAUAACGGACUGUAAAUGUAACUACGAACUUAAAUUUAUUUAUAAAAAUGAAAAUAUUAGUUCAAUCGGAUUAAAUUAAAAAUGUUAUUUUCUUCACAUUCUAAAAGCUGCAACUUUUUUAAUUUGUAGACCUUCAAUUUUUAUUUGUUGUCAAAAUAUGCGCGCAUUUAUGCUCUAAAAAUAUGUCCUACAUAAUUUUUGUUAAAUACAUAAAUAAAUAAGUUAGUCUAAAAAUGAAAUUUUAAUUUUUUUAAAUAUCUAGCAUAGUUGGAUCGAAUGGGACUUUUAGUAUGUUAAUAAGACAGGGGUUCCCUACACAUUAAAAAAAUUCAUUAAUUCGCUUGUGAGCAAGAGGCGAUCAAGAGUAUACACAUUCAUAUUUGUUUUUUCGAUUUUAAUAGUUCUUAUGGACAUUUCAUGCCUUAACUAGAAUACAAACAUGAAAUAAUUUUUAAUUUCUGAUCGAAUGACACCAAUACCAAGUCUGUGAGUGGUGUAGUUCCGGAGCCUUUGUGACUCAGACAGACAGACAGACAUCAAGAGCGCAAAAGUGCACUUUUUUAUUUUUAAAAGUGAAAGUGCACUAAAAAUAAUUAGCUUGUCUCUAAUUUGUUCUACCCUAAGACCCAUAUUGCCUGUAGAUACUAAACGUCUCACUUGAUGGUGAGCAUGGAGUCAACCACCUAGUCCGGGUCCAUACGAAUCAACUUAUUCAUCGCUCAUCGACUAAAAAGAAUCCACCAGACGACAUUCACUCCAGACUACCAUUGGAUAUUCUGCUCGAGGAAUACGAUAACAUAUCCGAACCAGAACAAGAGACAUUUCUUACGCCAGCAUCAUCGAUCGGGGAUGUUUCUGAAAAUUCUGUAGCUUCUAAUAUCAUGCCACGUGCAGUCGCCACUGUAUACCCAGACCAACUAGAAUUCGUGAAGCACCAGGGUACCUCAGCGACUAUGUGCUCUUCUAUGAAAAGGGUGUGAUGUUGGCAUGACAACAUAAUAUAAAUAGUCGGUACUUACCUAAUGCGUCAAUAUGUCAUAUAUUCAAAUAUCACAAAUUUGUGUAUUAAACCAUUUAAAUUACUAAAUAUUAUUAAUUAUACCUAGUAGAUAUAUUAUGCAUUUAAUGAGACACGAGUAUGAGAAUUACGAAACGGCGAGUCUUGGCGAGUUUGCAGAUUUCCCAUGUAAACAAACAUUUCAAAGAUGACUCGACAGCAACUCAUUUUUGAUCGCAUAGUAUAUGGGGUAGUUUGAUCAAUUUUGUUGUUUUCAAAGGUUUUUGCAUCCUUUCGUAGUUAAUUUAUAUUGUUCUCAUUACGCUUAUAUGCGUUUUACACCCUUUUUAUUGCUACAUCUUUAAUUGGGCGUGACUAAGCUGGUCAACUGCAAUGUUUGCGAAACCGAAUUCGAAUCCCAAAUUCCCUAAGCCAGGGAUGGGGAAAUAGCAGCCCGCGACAUGGUUCGAUCUGGCCCGCGGUCAGUACCAGUCAUCUAUAAUCGCAAAAACAAAUUUAUGAACAGGACGACUGAGGAACAUCUUGAGAGCGUUUUGCGAAUUUCUAUCACUAAUUUGGAGUCAAAUUUCGACGCUAUACUUAAGUAAUGAACAGUGAAAAUUUCAUUUGUCACACUAACCCAGGAUAUCGGAACAAUAAUUUUUUUCUGAAACUACUUUAGAAACAACUAUACUUUCGUCUCUAAAAAGGGCGAAGAAAAUGUGAUUUUCCUCACAUAGUUAAUAAA